CCGGCGCCGUCGCAGUCUCGCGCAGGCCUUCGCGGAGAGCGAUCAGCAAGUCGCUUAGUUCUGUCGUGCUUGUGCGUGCAACGCGAGUGUAGCUCCGACCCGACCCGCGACCAUGGUGUUGCAGGCUUGCGUGCGCGCUUCCGCGCGAUCCUUCUGCGCGUCCUAUCAAGAGUCGGGAGAUCUCAUCAAGUCGCCCUCGCCGCCCCCCAGCCAUGACGGAUCAGCGAGUGGCGAGGGCGAAGGCGAGGGCGAGACGAGCGGAGACGAGCGCGUGUCGCUGGCGCUGCCGAUGGCGCGAGCGCCCGCGCCCCACGCCGCCGCCGUCUCCGCCGCCUCGGCCGCCACCGCCGCCGUGCUUAGUGCGGCAGGCGCGGGCAACGCUUUAGCUCAGUUGCAGCAUUUACUGCUGACCCAACACGGCGCACAUUCUUUACUUCUACACACACAAGUUCAGCAAGCCGUAGCGCAGGCUGCAGCGCAACAGUUGCAACAACUACAAGCGCGAGCCAACGCCGGACAACCAACUGUUGACACGAGGUCGCCGUCUCCCCGUGGCUCCCCGCCCGGCGCCGCCGCGUUCCUCACGCCGCACACGCCGGGCCCGGGUCGGGCGCGCUCCCCGCACGCGCACCACCACGCGCACGUGCACGCGCAUUCCCAUACUCACGCGCACGCGUUGCACGUGCACUCACCGCACUCGCAGACGCAGACCGGCCACUCGCCGCUGCACGCGCACGCACAUAAGCCCCGCGCGCUCGACCCGGCCGACGACACAGCCGACCUCGAGGAGCUCGAACACUUCGCCAAAACUUUCAAACAGCGCAGGAUCAAACUCGGUUUCACCCAGGGCGAUGUCGGCCUGGCUAUGGGUAAACUGUACGGGAACGAUUUCUCCCAGACGACCAUCUCGCGCUUCGAGGCGCUAAAUCUCAGCUUCAAGAACAUGUGCAAGCUGAAGCCGCUUCUGCAAAAGUGGCUGGAGGAUGCGGACUCGUCGAUGAGCGGCGGGGGGGGCGGUGCGUCGCUGGGGGCCGGGCUGGCCGAGGCCGUCGGCCGCCGCCGCAAGAAGAGGACAUCCAUCGAGUCCGGCGUGCGCGUCGCGCUCGAGAAGGCCUUCCUCCAUAACCCCAAGCCCACCAGCGAGGAGAUCGCCGCGCUCGCCGACUCGCUCUGCAUGGAGAAGGAGGUCGUGCGCGUCUGGUUCUGCAAUCGUAGACAGAAGGAGAAGCGCAUAAAUCCUCCGGCGGGCGAGGCGGGCGGCGCGUCGUCGCCGGGCGGUGGCGGCUCGCUGCUCCCGCUGUCGCACCCCCUGCACGCGCUGCCGGCACACGCGCACGUGCUGCCGGCGCACGCGCACGCGCACGCGCACGGGCCGGCGGCGGCCGCGCACGCCGCACUGCAGGCGGCCGCGCUGCAGCCGCUGGCGCUGCUGGCGCGCCCGCCGCGCGACUGACCGACACAUAUCUUGUAAAUACCGCCGCCCUGUACAGACUCAAGUGUACAUACAGUCUUAGUCCGCCGCGCGUCGCGCGCGUCUGCGCUCGGGCGGCGCGGACGGGCGCUCGCCGGGCGGGCCCGCCGCCGUGACUCGCGGAGCCGUAACUGGGACGUGUGAGGGCCAGGGGGGCAGCUCCCGUGGAAGGAUCGUGGUGGAAGAUGAAAAUUCUAAUUUUUAAAAUAUUCAGCGAGCGACAAAUUACUUACAAGGUUACGAUGCUCCUUCUGGUACGGGAUGUCAAUAAUAGUCUGUCGUGUGACCGUACGAGAAUCACGUAAACCAGUAAUACUGAGAGGGAAGUUCCAAGUUCCGUUAGUAACAAAUAACCAGCUUCCACUUCCUCACUGGUAAAGGUAGGAAGGCCUAGAUGGGUCCCGCCCCUCUGACCCAACCCAGUUACGCCUGCAGCGACUGACGGACGCUCGGGGGAGUCCCGCAGGUCGCGCGCGACGCGUCUAGCCGUAAGAGAUAGCGUAGCGCAUUUAGCUCGUAAGUUUAUAUUAUAAUGUGAAUUCUAUUUAUGUGAGGCGGUCUCCGCCGUGUACAGAACCCAUAUCACUUAGCGCAUGACGCGUAUGUAAGGUGGAUGUGUAGAAAACGAUCUAUAUGUUGUAAUAAAACAUGAUAGAUGA